AUGCCGCCCACCGUGGCCGUGGUGGGCGGCGGCAUCAGCGGCCUGGCCGCCUGUUUCCACCUGCUGCGCGCCCCCCGCCCGCCCAAGGUGGUGCUGCUGGAGGCCAGCGGCCGUUUCGGGGGGUGGCUGCAGAGCUCGCGGACCCCCGAGGGCGCCGUGUUCGAGCACGGCCCGAGGGGCGUCCGGCCCGCCGGGCCCGCGGGGACCGAGACCCUGCUCAUGGUGUCGGAGCUGGGGCUGGCCAGUGACGUCUUGGCUGUCCCCAAGGGCCACCCGGCGUCCCAAAAUCGCUUCCUGUACCUGCGGGGGGCCCUGCACCCCCUGCCCUCGGGGCUGCGGUCACUGUUCCGGGCGGUGCCGCCGUUCUCGCGGCCGCUGCUCGGGGCGGCGCUCCGGGAUCUGCUGACGCCCGCGGGCACCGGCCCCGACGAGAGCGCCCACGCCUUCGCCCGCCGCCGCUUCGGGCCCGAGGUGGCGGAUCUGGCUGUGGACAGCCUGUGCCGGGGGGUGUUUGCCGGGGACAGUCGGGCUCUCAGCGUGCGCAGCUGCUUCCCCGCGCUCUUCCAGGCCGAGCGACGGCGCGGCUCCGUCCUGCUGGGGCUGGCACUGCCAUCCGGGAACACCCCGGGGCCGGCGGGGCUGGCGCGGCGGGCGCGGGCCGAGCGCUGGAGCCAGUGGUCGCUGCGCGGGGGGAUGGAGGCCCUGCCACGAGCCCUGGUGGCCUUCGUGUCCCCACGCGGGGCCGAGCUGCGCUGCCACGCGCCCCUGGCACGCCUGUGUCACCGCCGUGGCCGCUGGCAGCUGUCGCUGCCCGAUGCCACCAUCACGGCCGAUCACGUUGUCAGCGCCAUCCCUGCCGCAGCCCUGGCCCGGGCGCUGCCGCCCGAGGCGGAGCCGCUGGCGAGGGAGCUCCGGGCGAUCCCGGCCGCCUCCGUGGCCGUGGUCAACCUGCAGUACGAGGGGGCCGCGCUGCCGGUCACGGGUUUUGGCCACCUGGUGCCAUCCUCGGAGGACCCGGCGCUCCUGGGCAUCGUCUACGACUCGGUGGCGUUCCCGGAGCACGACGGGACCCCCGUGACCCCCGGGAAACCCCCACUGCGGCUGACGGUGAUGCUGGGCGGGGCCUGGUUCCGGCAGAGUUUUGGGGACCCCGCCCUGGUGGCCCCCGAGCUGCUGCUGCGCCGGGCACGGGCGGCUGUGAGCGACCACCUGGGGCUGGCCGGGACCCCCACCCACGCCAUCGUCAGGGUGCAGCAGGACUGCAUCCCCCAGUACACGCUGGGACACUGGGAGCGCCUGGAGCGGAUCCAGCGCUUCCUGAAGGAGCAGCAGCUGCCCCUGAGCCUGAUCGGCGCCUCCUACUCCGGGGUCUCCGUCAACGACUGCAUCGCCAGCGCCAAGGCGGCCGUGGGGCGGAUUUUGGGGUCCCCCCCGUGAGCCCGGCGAUGCCCCCCCACUUCCUGCAGCCCCGGGGGUCCCUCUCAGCCGCUGGCGUAGGACAAAAUGAUUUUUUUUUUUAAUUGAAAAAAAACCCUUUAGAAAGGUC